AUGUUUGUGUAUUCCACAGACCCGGUUUCGGUGCGGCAGGCCCCGCAUCGGAACCACGUCCACAAACAGUCGGAGAAGACGACGCGGAUCCGGACGGUGUUGAACGAGAAACAGCUCCACACCCUGCGGACCUGCUACAACGCCAACCCGAGGCCCGACGCGCUGAUGAAGGAGCAGCUGACGGAGAUGACCAGCCUGAGCCCCAGGGUGAUCCGGGUCUGGUUCCAGAACAAGCGCUGCAAAGACAAGAAGAGGACCAUUCUGAUGAAGCAGAUGCAAUCGCAGCAUCACAGCGAUAAGUCUAUAAGCCUCUUCAAUCUUCAGGGCCUAACAGGGACACCUCUUGUGGCUGGGAGUCCUAUCCGACAUGAGAGCUCCAUGCAGGGAAACCCAGUGGAGGUUCAGACAUACCAGCCUCCAUGGAAAGCCCUUAGUGAGUUUGCCCUGCAGAGCGACCUGGACCAACCAGCCUUCCAACAACUGGUGUCAUUCUCUGAAUCGGGAUCUCUCGGAAACUCCUCGGGCAGCGACGUGACUUCUUUGUCCUCUCAGUUACCGGACACCCCGAACAGUAUGGUACCCAGCCCAGUGGAGACGUGAAACAGGGCCCCUCAGACCUGUCGGUCCCCCCACCCCCCCUGCAAGGACAAUUGCAGCAUGAUCCCGGUCCCUGCAUGUGACCAGCUCAUCAUAUCGCCCAAACUACAGAGAGGAGAGUGUUUUUUAUUUCUUGACAUGGAGGAGAUGGAACCAAGAAAGCACUGAUUGACUCCGAGUUUUUUUUCGGGAGCUUUCAU